UGAAAUAAUCAUCAAGUUCAGUCUAUAAAUAAUAUACUAGUUUUCUAGCUUCCCACACAUUAAAACACUCACUCAUCCAUUUCUUCUUCUCUUCUUUCAGCUCAAAGAAAAGACUUGAAAUAAUUUUAGAAUAAUGGGUGUUGUAACUUAUGAAUUUGAGGUAACCUCCCCAGUCGCCCCGACCAGGCUUUUCAAAGCCUUUGUUCUUGAAGGUGCCAAGGUUUACCCGAAGGCUGCCCCUCAUGCAAUUAAGAGUGUUGAGCUCGAAGGUGAUGGUAAGCCAGGAAGUAUUGUAAAGAUCAACUUUGUUGAAGGUCUUCCAUUCCAAUAUAUGAAGCACAUGAUUGGAGGAUAUGAUGAAAACAAUUUGUCAUACAGUUACAGCUUGAUCGAAGGUGGACCUCUGGGGGACAAGCUUGAGAAAAUCAGCUAUGAGAACCAAUUUGUGGCUGCUGCAAGUGGAGGAAGUGUUUGCAAGAGCUCGAUCAAAUUUUACACCGUUGGCGAUUAUGUAAUCACUGAAGAUGAAAUCAAGGCUCUUAUUCAAAGGAGUGAGGUAGUUUACAAGGCUAUUGAAGCUUACCUCUUGGCUAACACCGAUGCUUGCAACUAAGAUAUUAAUUUGUUUUUCCAUUGUUAUAUUAAUAUGACUGGUGGUCUUCAGGAUUUGAUCAUCUUUAUUUUUAUUAUACUCAGAGUUUGAGUUGUAUUAUCUUUGAUAUAUAUAAUGAAAUAAAAUAAACAUAUAAGCAUACAAAAACAA